UGAGUUUUGCCCGCUCUCGUGGCGGGAGAAGUUGAAGGUACGAUGCAGGCGGGUCCUAGGUGAUUCCUUGCGCAGCUUAGCAUGAGAUUCUGAGGGAUUCACCAGGGGCGAUGUUUCGCGUGAGAUUCUGAGGCGAGCUCCCGUUUUGUCCAACUGAUGCAGCGCCAUGGAGAGCCAAGCGACGCCACUGCACCCUCAGCACCUCCCUACCCCCCUCCUCAUCUUGCUGUGACUCGAGCUUGCAGCACGCGGCACCGCACUGGACUCCAGAGAGCAUUCUUGCCGACUUCCCUGCCCUUGUACACUGGCUGCAGCAGCGCCUGCCGUAGAGCUACAGUGCUGUAAGGGUGUCUGGUCUGCUGGUGGUGUUGCACUCCAGAGAGCACUCUUGCUGAAUGCUCAGCCCCCUUAGACUGGCUGUAGCAACACUUGCCAUCGAAGAAGCGGAGUGAACUAGUGUGGUGUCACUCUACAGGCUCAUAUCGUAUGUACAGGUGAUGCAAAUAAUAAUUGCAGUACACGCGCGUCGGAUACGCCCUAACUUCUCCACUGCCCUACUCCUCUCGCGCCACCUGAUCUCCCACGUGGUGCCAACCCCUUGCGCUUUCUUGAGCUGCCAGCGGCGCGUACACUUCCCCCCAUCCCCGCCGCCAUGGCCCAGCCGCAGCCGCGGAGGGAGUCGGAUACUAGAGUGCGCGGCGACGGUGCGGCGGCGGCGACCGCAGCGGCGCAGCUGCCGAUCGUGGAGUUCGAGGAGGCCAUUCUGAGCGCCGUGGCGCGGCACCCCGUCACCGUCGUCAUCGGCGCCACGGGAUCGGGCAAGAGCACACAGCUACCGCAGAUGCUGUACCGCGCGCAGCUGCGCCAGGCGGGGGAACCACCAGGGCAGGGGGAGAGGGCGAGCGGAAUCGGGAUGGGCGCCAUCGCGGUGACGCAGCCGCGGAGAGUGGCAGCCGUGUCGGUGGCCAGGCGUGUGGCGGAGGAGGCGGGCGUGCGGCUGGGGUGCGAGGUAGGGUACGUGGUUCGGUUUGAGGACCGCAGCAGUGUGGCGUCGCGCAUCGUGUUCCAGACGGACGGCUGCCUGCUGCGAGAGCUGCUGGGGGACCCGCUGCUGAGCCGCUACUCCGUGAUUGUGCUGGAUGAGGCGCACGAGCGCAGCCUCAACACGGACAUCCUCUUCGGUCUGCUGAAACGUUUGGUGGCUGCCCGAAAGGACGACCUGAAGCUGGUGAUUACGUCAGCCACUCUCGACGGGCAGAAGUUCUCGGCGUUCUUCGGCAACUGCCCCGUGGUGGAGGUGCCCGGCCGCCUGCACCCCGUGCAAGUGCUCUACAGCACGGACCGCCCUGCCAGCUACUUCCAGUCUGCGGUCGAGACCGCCAUUGACAUCCACAUGGGGGGGGAGCCGGGCGACAUCCUGGUGUUUCUGACGGGGCAGGACGAGAUAGAGCGCGCGAUAGCGGCGAUGGAGGAGCGCAUUCGCAGCAGCGGCGAGGGCCAGUGCAUGGACGCGCUCAUCCUGCCGCUGCACGCCUCGCUGCCGCCCGAGCUGCAGGUGCGUGUGUUCACCCCAGCGCCCCCGGGGUGUCGGCGCAUCAUAGUGGCGACGAACGUGGCAGAGACGGCGGUGACGCUGGAUGGCAUUGUGUUCGUGGUGGACCCGGGCCACGUCAAGCAGAAGCACUACGACCCCAACACACAGCUCGCUGCACUCACCGUCGUGCCCAUCAGCAGAGUGCAGGCUGUCCAGCGGGCAGGGCGGGCAGGUCGAACGCGCCCGGGCAAGUGUUUCCGCCUCUACCCCAAGUCGGUGUUUGAGCAUGAGUUGCCUGAGGCCACCGAACCUGAGAUCUGCCGAUCCUCACUUGCAGGCACAGUGCUGCACCUAAAGUCCCUCACACGCUUGGAUGCAGCCCACAGAAAACGAAGGGAGGGCCAACGGGGCGACGAGGCAGAUCCAGGGAGCAGCAGGGAGGGGGGAUCAUCAGCAGCAGGGGAAGCAGCAGCAGCAGCAGCAGCAGCAGCAGCAGCAGCAGCAGCAGCAGCAGCAGCAGCAGCAGCAGCAGCAGCAGCAGCAGCAGCAGCAGCAGGAGGGAAGGCAGCUGGGGGCAUCGGGGACGUGCUGUCGUUUGAGUUCCUGGACCCGCCCUCCCGCUCUGCUCUAGAGGACGCGCUGCUGCAGCUGUACGCGCUAAGGUGCAUUGACGAGCGCGGGGACAUCACCGCCACCGGCAGGGACGUGGCGCACCUGCCGCUCGACCCCUCCCUCGGCGUCACACUGCUCGCUGCCAAGUCGCUCGGGUGCCUGCCGGACGCCAUAGCUAUUGCCGCUAUGCUCUCCGCUGAUGUCAGCGCGCCGUCGGGUGGAGGGAAGGAUGGGGGUAGGAGAGGAGGAGGAAGGGGAGUAGGAGGGGGUGGUGGUGGGUUGGUCCCACUGCCGGAUGGGGAGGGGUAUGGGGAUCACAUUCGGUGGUUGCAGGUGUACCGUGAGUGGGAGGCGUCGGGGUUCCAGGCACCCUGGUGCAAGCAACGAGGGCUGCAGCUCAGGUCCAUGAACUUUGCUCGGGACGUGGCUCGCCAGCUCACUGCUGCCGUCACCGCACACUCCUCCCGCCACACCCGCUCUGCCGCUCCCAUAGAGGGCAGGGGCAUGAGAAGCGGGAAUGCAGAAGGUGCAGGGGGGGUAGUGGAUGGCAGCAGGGACGGCUGGGCAGGGCUGAGGCACGCUCUGUGUGUGGGGUCUGCGAACAAGAUAGCGCGGCGCAUGCGGCAACACAAUGGGUACAAGACCGUGCACGCCAAGUCACGCCUCGUUGAGCUGCACCCUGCGAGUGCGCCUCUAUCAGUGGAUGCGGACGGGCUACUACCGGAGUGGGUGGUGUACCAGGAGAUAGUGGCCACCACGCGCGCCUUCAUGCGCUGCGUGUGCGCUGUGGAGGAGGCGUGGGUGCAGCCGCUGCUGCCGCGCCUGCACGACGUGGAUGUUAACAGACUCAGUGGUGGGGACAAGGCAGCAGCUGCUGCCAAGGAGCAAGAGGCUAAGGCGCAGGCAGCAGCAGCAGCAGCUGUGGCAGCGGUGGCAGGGGUGGCAGCACCAGGCACAGGAGGUCCUGGGACCUCAGCUCCUGGUGCUAAGGCUUCAGCUGUAGAUGCAGCACGGGCCAGGUAUCUUUCAAGGAAGAAAACUAAGCUGAGAUAGGCAGUAGUAGUAGUGAGUGGGUGUGCUGCAUCAAGUCCCUAGCUGUUAGCCUUUUGGUGCACAAGCUUGAUGUUCCAGAAAUCGCUGAUUCUUGCUGCAUGUCGAAAUGCAACAUGGGAGGCUUGCAAAUGUGUUUAUGCAAGUUCACUACAGCGUCCUCCUGAACGUGUGUUGCAUAAAUUUGAAACAACUGGCCCAGGCCCAUAUUUAUCUGGCUU